AUGUGUGAUCUCGAAGGGGCUCAUGCCAGUGGUACGGUUGGUCUAGGAGUUAUAGGCAAACUCGGCGCAUGGUAUGAUCAAAUCCCAAGUGGUCAAGCUCUCGCCGACUAAUGAUCGAAACAGAUUCCCUAAGCUACGAUUGACGACCUCAGUCUGGCCAUCAGUCUGUGGAUGGUAAGCAGUGGAGAACUUGAGCUUAGUCCCAAGUAAGCUCCAAAGAGUCCUCCAGAAGUGGUUGGUAAACCGUACAUCACGGUCUAAGACUAUGGAUUUGGGUAGUCCAUGAAGGCGUGCAAUCUCUCUAAAGUACUAGAGACCUUGGAGGCAUCAGAGGUUUUUGAACAUGACACAAAGUGUGCCAUCUUUGAAAACCUAUCGACGACCACCAUGAUCGAGUCAUGUCGUCGUGCAGUGCGCGGGAGUCCCAAAACAAAGUCUAUGCUGACGUCGUCCCAUGGGCAGGUCGGCACUGAAAGUGGUGUGUAGAGUCUAGCAUUCUUCUUUACCUGCUUGGCGAGUGCGCACACUCGACACUGAGUGACGACAUUCCCUACAUUGCGCUUGAGGGUUGGCCAGUAGAACUGGUACUCAACCGCUGCGAUGGUCUUAUCGCGACCAAAAUGGCCGAAUAGACCUCUCGCGUGACAUUCCCAAGUGAGGAAGUCACGGAGAGAUGUGCAUAGAAUGCACAGUCUGCUCCUAAAGAACAGACAUCCAUUGACCACAAGGAAGUCCUUAUGAUCUAAAGAUGGACCAUCCGAAAGUGCUUGUAGAACGUGGCCGAAGUUUGGGCAAUCUGCAUAAGAAUCCGAUAGGGACUCAAAUCCUGUCACCUAAACCUUCACGAGGUUCAGCAAGUGGAUUCGUUGGCUGAGGGUGUCUACCAUCACGUUCUCUUUGCCCUUCUUGUGGCGAAGGACAAAGGUGAAGUCUUGCAAGUACUCGACCCAUCGUGCGUGUCGAUCACUCAGCUUCCGCUAAGAGUGUAGAUACUUCAAGGCCUCAUGGUCCGAGAAGAGCACAAACUCCUUAUAAAGGAGGUAAUGGUGCCAGUGUUUGAGAGCUUGAAUGACGACAUAAAACUCACAGUCGUAAAUGGAGUAUCUAGGCCUCACGUCAUUCAGCUUCUCGCUGAAUUACUCUAUGGGAUGACCUUCUUGGCUAAGGACACCCUCAAUACCAACGCCCAAGGCAUCACAGGCGACCUCAAAUACCUUGCCAAAGUUGGGUAGGUGAAGUAUUGGUGCCUGAGUGAUAAGAGCCUUCACUCGAUCGAAGGCCCGCUCAACUACCUUUGUCUAAAGGAAGGUCUCCUUCUUGAGGUAAUCAGUAAGCGGAGCGGUAACGGAACUAAAGUCUCAAAUGAAGCAACGGUAGAACGUCGCUAG